AUGGGUCUCCUGUCAGAGCUCAACAUCAAGCCUGGUGUCGUCUACGGCGAUGACCUCCUGAAGCUCUUCAACUACGCCAAGGCCAAGCAGUUUGCCAUUCCUGCUGCCAACGUCACCUCCUCUUCCACCGCCGUUGCCGCUCUCGAGGCUGCCCGCGAGGCCAAGUCUCCCAUCAUCCUCCAGACUUCCCAGGGUGGUGCCGCCUACUUCGCCGGCAAGGGCAUUCCCAACAGCGCCGACAAGCAGGAGGCUUCCGUCGCCGGUGCCAUUGCUGCCGCUCACUACAUCACCUCUAUCGCCCCCAUCUACGGCGUUCCCGUCGUCCUUCACUCUGACCACUGCGCCAAACUGACCUUCUACCACAGCAAGAAGCUUCUGCCCUGGCUCGAUGGCAUGAUCUCCGCCGAUGAGGAGGAGUUCAAGCGCUCCGGCCACCCCCUCUUCUCUUCCCACAUGAUCGAUCUCUCCGAGGAGGAUGUCGCCUACAACAUCGAGACCACCGCCAAGUACCUCAAGCGCUCUGCUCCCAUGAAGCUGUGGCUCGAGAUGGAGAUCGGUAUCACCGGUGGUGAGGAGGACGGUGUCAACAACGAAGACGUCGACAACAACUCCCUCUACACCCAGCCCGAGGACAUCUACGCCAUCUACCAGGCCCUGAGCCCCAUCAGCCCCUUCUUCUCCAUCGCUGCCGGUUUCGGUAACGUCCACGGUGUCUACAAGCCUGGCAACGUCAAGCUUCACCCCGAGCUCCUCGGCAAGCACCAGGAGUUUGUCCAGCAGAAGCUGGGCACCGACGACAAGAAGCCCGUCUUCUUCGUCUUCCACGGUGGCUCCGGCUCCGCCGUCGAGGAGUUCCAGAAGGCCAUCUCCUUCGGUGUGGUCAAGGUCAACGUUGACACUGACCUGCAGUGGGCCUACCUCACCGGUAUCCGCGACUACGUCACCAAGAACAUCGACUACCUGAAGACCCAGGUCGGCAACCCCGAGGGUGACGACAAGCCCAACAAGAAGAAGUACGACCCUAGAGUCUGGGUCCGUGAGGGCGAGAAGACCAUGAAGGAGCGCGUCAAGCAGGCUCUGUUCGACUUCAACGCCAACGAUGUUUUGUAA